UCAGAUUUCUUAUCCUCUGUCUCACCUCCUUCUAUGUUAUUCUCUCUGAUUUUUCUUUGAUUUUGUACAGGAAGGUGGAUCGUGAGCAUAGUGGAUUGUCGUGAGCUUGAAGACAGAGGAGGUUGCGAGAAUUCUUCGAUUCAACAUGAGAAACCAAUGGAAAAGGAUCUCAACGAAAAGACAGAAGAGGAGGAGUUCAACACUGGACCUCUUUCUGUUCUGAUGAUGAGUGUUAAGAACGACACUCAGGUGCUGAUCAAUUGCUGCAACAACAGGAAACUCAUUGGCUGUGUUAGGGAUUUUGAAAGGCGCUGCAACAUGGUCCUGGAAAACAUCAGAGAUAUGAGGAUUGAGGUACCCAAAAAUGGGAAAGGAAAGAAGAAAGCUCUUCCCGUCAACAGAGAUCGCUUUAUCAGCAAGAUGUUUCUCGCCACAAAUAGCCACGAAUCCCAAGUAUGAUAGAGAUAGAAGGAGAUUGCGAUGUCUGCGAUUGGAUGAAGACCCACCUCCUGCAUCAAGAGUCUUUCUGGGAUAUUAAGGAUACUGGUUUAGGAUCCUGGGUUUGGCGGAAACUACUGCAGUUGAGGGCCACUGCAAAGCAGUUUAUCAGAAUGGAAGUUCAACGUGGACAGAAUGUGAGGUUCUGGACUGAUCUAUGGCAUCCUUUGGACAGAUUGAUAGAAGUUGUUGGAGAAAUUUGUACCUAAAAGCCUGAUAUAGCGAGAUCAGCCUUGGUUUGUGAUGUGAGGAAUGAGGGUCGCUAGAGGUUCAGGAGAUGUCGUGAUAGACACAUGAAGGACCUUAUUCAGGCAGUCGAAAACCACAGAUAAGAAGAAGAUCAAUUGGGCCAAGACGUCGUCCUAUGGAGGAGGAACGAUACUGAAUUUGGUAAAAGCUUCACUACCUUUGAGACAUGGUAGCAAACCCGAUUUCAUAGUCCAGCAGUACCAUGGAGUAAGGUGGUUUGGUUUCCGCUGGGUGUUCCAAGGUUUGCUUUCAUCACCUGGCUCGCAAUAAGGGACAGGUUGUCAACGGGCGAUCACAUGCUUACCUGGGGACAUGUUCAAGGCUGUCUAUUUUGUGGGGAACCAAAUGAAUCAAGGGAUCAUCUCUUCUUUGCUUGCCCAUAUACCUAUACCCUAUGGAUAGAGGUGAUUGGUACGCUAUUAGGUCGUCCUCCUGACCCGGACUGGGAUAGCACACUUAUGCAUCUAACAACUCAUGGGUUUAAUCGGCUUGUUUAUAUUAUUUUGAGAAUUACCUUCGAGACGACAAUCUACAUGAUUUGGAGGGAGAUAAAUGACAUGAAACAUCUCAAGAAGCCUAGAAAAGUAACUCAGCUAGCGAAGUUGAUUGGGAAAACAGUAAGGAAUCGCAUCUUAUCAGUAAAAUACUCGGAGAAGCCACGCUUGCGGGGUUUGAUGCAACUCUGGUUUAGCACACAUACUUAGGCUUUAGUUAUUUUUGCCUCACAUGUACAUAACUAUUCUUUCCAUUGAUGAUUAAUAAAUUUAACAUUUCAUCAAAAAAAAAACGUUAAACCUAUUGAUAUUGUUUUUUGGUCAAACCAGAUAUUCUAUAAA